AGACACGUGUGUGUCGUUGUGUGUAGCAGCGUAUGUAUGUUUGUGAGCGCGCAUGCGGAGCGCAUUCUUUAGCGCAUAAAGAGUCAUAAGCGCGCGGAAGUAGCACAAUGCGGCUACAAGUAUUGGAUUCUUAGCCAGCUGUCUUCUCAGUUAAACAUUGUUUCUUUUUUUCUCAUGGAUCCUCCUCGCCAAGGUUCAGAACAUGUCAUCACUGAAAGAAGCAAACAGGCAGAGCGGAUCCUUUGACUCCACGAAGUAUGACAUUGAAGACCUGCUUUUCAAAGUCCUUGUUAUUGGCGACUUCGGUGUUGGAAAGACCUCAUUAAUUCGGCGUUACACGGAAGGUGUGUUCGAUCCAUCCUAUAAGAUCACCAUUGGAGUGGACUUCGCUCUAAAGCACCUCGUCUGGAAUGGCAAUAAGCACAUAACCCUUCAGCUGUGGGACAUCGCUGGACAUGAACGCUUUGGAUACAUGACACGGGUGUACUACAAGUAUGCCACUGCUGCUGUGAUAGUCUACGACUUGUCGAGGCCAGCGACCCUACACUCUGUGCUGAAGUGGAAGGCCGAUAUUACUGCCAAGGUGGAGCAGCCAAAUGGGCGGCCCCUGCCAGUGCUGUUGGUGGCUAACAAGUGUGACCUGGGCCCCCAGCCUCCCAAUGCUCGGUUUCUCAGCGCCUUCUGCCAGGAGCAUGGAUUCGCUGGCUGGUUCCCAACUUCAGCAAAGGAGAACAUCAACAUAAACGAAGCCAUGCGGUGCUUGGUGGAGGAAGUGCUGGCUCAGCGAGAGGACUGCCACCUGGCUGGACCCCGCGACCAGUCGCUGAAGCGCCUUGGCCCUCGCACAGCACAGCCUGGCCGUAAACCUUGCUGCCACUGACCAACAGAGCGAGACACUUGACGAGCGGCAAGAUGCUUUAGCUGAGCUAUUUUGUCAGCCACUGAUCCAGCAGUACAGGUAUUUCCUUCUUCGGGGACCCACGCGAUGGCUCAGUGGCUAUCGUGCUACGCUGCUGACAGUACGAGGUUGUGGGUUCGAUACCCGGCCGUGGCGGCAGCAUUCUGUUGGGGGUGGAAUGCGAAAAACACUCGUGUACCGUGCUUUGGGUGCGCGUUAAGGAACCGCAGGUGGUCAAAGCUAAUCUGGAGUCCUCCACUGUGGUAUCCCCAAUAACCUACUGUGUAGUUUCUAAAUGUUAGACCCCACAAUUUAAUUUAAUUUUCCUCUUUGGAUGUGUUCAGAACAAAGGUAUUAGGUAAGCCAUUGCAUGGUGGCUGCGAUCCAACAGCUCAAUUUGCUUGGAAGUAGAGUGAUGCUUUUCUCACUCAUUCUAGUUCAACCUUACUGCUUGAACCUGUAUUUGCUGGAAUCAUUGAAUGGAUGUUUUCCCUCACGUGGCUGGUGUUCAGCGCAAUGGAUGACUGCAGCUGUGCAAAUUUGUUUGCUCACGGGCUAAAUGUUAGUGUUUAGUGGCGUUUUUUUUUUUUCUCGGGAAGUCCUAUUGGUCUUUAGCAUCGUAACUGUAUGUAACUGUCACUCAUGUCACAAGGGCUUUCACUAAACAAGUGACUACUUUUGUUGUACAAUAUGUUACACUAUUAGCUACGCCAGGUCACUUGUCUGUGAGAGCAGAACGCGCAUAAUUGACACAGUCAUAAGUUACCGCACAGUAUUUGAGCAGACAUCACGGUCUGGUUCAAGUAGCAUUAAACAAGCAAAGCCCUAAUAUACUAUGGCAUUUGUGGUGUGUGCCUUAGUGUGAUGGGCCUUUCUUACGGCAGGUAGGUCUUGUAGCAACACGAACGUUGUGAUUACACUGUUUACACUUGACCAUGCUUGUGGCUGGCCUCGAUUUCAUGCCCAUAUUUUAUGUUGUAGAGUUGUAAAUUAAUAUCAUAUUGUGAAGGGAACAAGCAUAAGCAUUCCACUUUGUAUGCAGGUGUCAUUGCUUAAUGUUGGAUUUCAUUCAAUGCAGUUAUCAAUCCUGCGUACAGUGUAAGGCAUGCGCCCUUUAGGUCUAGGCAACAGGUGGAAUGAACAGAUAACUUCCUAUACUUCAGAGCACUGCCACCAGGUGACUCACUGUCUGUGAUGUGACAGAGGGUCAAUCUCAAUGCGGUCUCAUGUACAGUGAACGAAACUGCCAUAGCUGGAAACUUUGACCAAACCUUUAUCCUCGGCUCAAAGUUCAUGCACCAUUUA